AUGCACUUCCUCCCUCGUCUCUCCCUCCUGUCCCUCUGGACCCUCUGUACCUCCGCCCAUUUUAUUCUCCAAUACCCCCAGUCCCUCGGCUUCGACGAUGACAUCGAGGCAACAGCGCCUUGUGGCGGCUUCGAUGUGGUCUUCAACAGCACCGACGACACCAUCCCCGUUGGUGGCUUCCCAGUCUCAAUGCUGAGCACCCAUCCCGCCGCCGACUGGCUCUUCCGCGUCACCCUCGACCAGAAGGCACCCUUCAACUGGACCAACCUGCUGCCCGUCGUUUCAGAGACUGGCCUGGGUCAAUUCUGUCUGCCACACCUCGUUGCCCCGGCUGAUUACGCCGGCAACAAGGGUGUUAUCCAGGUCAUCCAGAAGGGCCCCGACGGUGUCCUGUACCAGUGUGCGGCUGUCAACUUCGUCACCGGCGUCAACUCAACCAUCAGCUCCAGCUGCACAAAUGUGACUGGCCUGACAGCAACCAUUACCAACCAGAAUAGCUUCGACACCAGUUCAUCGUCGUCGUCGGCCUCAGGAUCCAUGUCGGCGACUUCCUCCCCGUCAGCCUCUGCCGCCGCCUCGGGAAGCGCCUCUUCGUCCAGCUCAGCCGGCAUGGCUGGCCCAACGAAUGGACCUCAAUUGCUCCAAGGUCUUGUCGCUGCCGCCGGUCUUGCUGUUCCAUUUCUUUUGUAA